AUGGCCCUCCCCUUCACCUUUGCGACCGUCCUUUUCCUAACGCUGCAUACUGUGAGUGUGCACUCAUCUCAGCCACCAUUCGCUUGCGAUUGGUCCAACCCUUCCUCCAGAUCCUACCCAUUCUGCAACCCCAAACUCCCCAUCCCCCAACGAACCAAAGACCUUCUCUCCAGACUCACACUCGAUGAGAAACUCUCCCAACUCGUCAACACUGCCCCUUCCAUACCCCGCCUAGGCAUCCCCGCCUACCAGUGGUGGAGCGAGGCCCUGCACGGUGUUGGAAGCGUGGGCCGCGGCAUCCGCUUCAAUGGCUCCAUCUCCUCCGCCACUAGCUUCCCUCAGGUCAUCCUCAGCGCAGCCACCUUCGACUCCCUCCUCUGGUACAGAAUCGGUCGCGCCAUUGGGAUCGAAGCCCGCGCAAUCUAUAAUGCGGCCCAGGCCCAGGGCCUCACCUUCUGGGCUCCCAAUAUUAACAUCUUCAGAGACCCGCGAUGGGGCCGGGGACAAGAGACCCCUGGCGAAGACCCUCUCCUCACUUCUGGAUAUGCAGUUUCCUACGUCAGGGGCCUCCAGGGAGAUUCCUUCCACGGUACCAAGUUCCGGGGCCACCUUCAAGCCUCCGCCUGUUGCAAACACUUCACCGCUUACGAUUUGGACAAAUGGAAGGGCGUCGAUCGCUUUCUCUUCGAUGCUCGCGUGACUUUGCAAGAUUUGGCCGAUACAUACCAGCCUCCAUUUCAGAGUUGCGUACAGCAAGGAGGGGCCAGUGGGAUAAUGUGUGCUUACAACCGCGUCAACGGGGUUCCAAGCUGUGCAGAUUUCAACCUGCUAACCACAACGGCCAGAAAACAAUGGGAUUUUCAUGGCUAUAUUACGUCCGAUUGUGGAGCAGUGGGCAUCAUACACGACCAGCAAGGAUUUGCAAAAUCAGCGGAGGAUGCAGUGGCCGAUGUUCUUCGUGCUGGGAUGGAUGUCGAAUGUGGUACUUAUUUGACGGAUCAUGCUAAAUCCGCAGUGUUGCAGAAAAAAGUGUCCAUGUCUCAGAUAGACCGUGCCCUUCACAACCUGUUUUCUAUUAGAAUGAGGCUAGGCCUGUUUGAUGGAAAUCCAAGCAGGCUCUCAUUUGGCAUGAUUGGUCCCAAUCAUGUCUGUUCCAAAGAGCACCAAUAUCUGGCUCUUGAAGCUGCAAGAAACGGCAUCGUCCUCUUAAAAAACUCUCCCACACUUCUCCCACUUCCAAAAACGAGCCCCAGCAUUUCCUUAGCAGUGAUAGGUCCCAAUGCCAAUGCUUCUCCUUUAACUCUUCUAGGAAACUAUGCUGGCCCUCCUUGUAAAUUUGUGACAAUAUUGCAAGGGUUUCAGCACUAUGUGAAGAACGCUGUUUAUCAUCCUGGCUGUGAUGGUGGACCGAAGUGCUCUUCGGCUCAAAUAGAGCAGGCAGUAGAAGUUGCAAAAAAAGUGGAUUAUGUGGUGCUGGUUAUGGGACUGGAUCAAAGCGAAGAGAGGGAAGAACGUGAUCGCAUUCAUCUAGACUUGCCGGGCAAGCAACUUGAGCUCAUCAUCAGCGUUGCUGAAGCUUCUAAGAAACCAGUUAUUUUGGUGCUACUUUGUGGAGGGCCUGUAGAUAUCAGUUCAGCCAAGUAUAACCACAAAGUUGGAGGCAUCCUCUGGGCUGGUUAUCCAGGAGAACUUGGAGGCAUUGCACUUGCACAGAUUAUCUUUGGUGACCACAACCCAGGAGGAAGACUACCAAUUACUUGGUACCCAAAAGAUUACAUCAAAGUACCGAUGACAGACAUGAGAAUGAGAGCUGAUCCUUCAACAGGCUAUCCUGGGAGAACUUACCGAUUUUACAAGGGUCCAAAAGUGUAUGAAUUUGGCUAUGGACUAAGCUACUCAAAGUAUUCCUAUGAGUUUGUUUCUGUUACAAAUGACAAGCUUCAUUUGAAUCACUCAUCUACUCAUUUGAUGAUUGAAAAUUCAGAAAACAUAAGGUACAAACUAGUUUCGGAGUUGAGUGAUCAUACCUGCCAAAGCAUGUCACUCUCAGUCACAGUGAGAGUUCAAAAUCAUGGAAGCAUGGUGGGGAAGCAUCCUGUACUGCUUUUUAUGAGGCCUAAAAACCAAAAAAGUGGAAGCCCUGUGAAACAGUUGGUGGCUUUUCAGAGUGUGAUGCUUGAUGCAGGGGAAAUGACUCAUGUUGGAUUUGAGGUAAGUCCUUGUGAACAUCUUAGUAGAGCAAAUGAGGCUGGUGCAAUGAUAAUAGAAGAAGGGUCUCAUUUGUUGCUUGUAGAUGAUCAAGAGCACCCAAUUGAUAUAAUUGCUUGA